AAUGAUCCAUGAACACUAGCAUUCACACGCUUGCUUCACUAUAUUUGCAGGCCUUUUUUUUUUUUGGGUAAUCAUAUUUGCAAGCCUUUUAUUCUUUGGUUUUCUUCCCUUUUCCUUGUUUUAGAAUUGGAAUUUUUCUUGGGUGAGAUAAAGGGAAGAACUAAUUGGGUAAGCAGCUAGGUCUAAUAUAGUAAAAGGGAAAAAAAUAAAUAUAAAAGGCAAAGAUGGGAAGGGGUAGGGUUCAGCUGAAGAGGAUAGAGAACAAGAUCAAUCGCCAGGUAACUUUCUCCAAAAGGAGAGCAGGGUUGCUCAAGAAAGCACACGAAAUUUCUGUGCUAUGUGAUGCUGAGGUCGCUUUGAUUGUCUUCUCCCAGAAAGGAAAGCUCUUUGAGUAUGCCACUGAUUCAUGCAUGGAGAAGAUACUGGAACGCCAUGAAAGGUAUGCGUAUGCAGAGAGACAGCUAGUCGAAAAAGAAUCUGAGACACAGGGAAACUGGACCAUUGAAUAUUCUAGACUCAAGGCAAAGAUUGACCUUUUGCAAAGAAACCACAGGAACUACAUGGGAGAAGAUUUGGCUUCAAUGAGUCUCAAAGAGCUUCAAAAUCUGGAGCAGCAGUUAGAUACUUCCCUCAAAAAAAUUCGUACACGCAGAAACCAACUCAUGUCCGAGACAAUUUCUGAUCUUCAGAAAAAGGAGAAAGGGAUAAAAGAGCAGAAUAACAUGCUCGCAAAGAAGAUCAAGGAGAAAGAGAAGGCUACAGUACAGCAGGUUGCUCAAUGGGAGCAGUCAAACUACAGGGUUGAUACCUCUUUCUUACAACAGCAACCCCUUCCCACUUUGAACAUUGGUGGCAAUUACCAUCAGGAAGCACCAGAACUGGGGAGGAACGAGCUUGACCUGACCCUGGAACCACUAUAUUCUAGCCACCUCCGAUGCUUUUGAAAACUUGUUUUCUUUGAGGUUGAUGAUAUUAUAAAACUGCUGGCAUAACAAUUCUAUGUCGUCGUGUUUGAAUGCUUUAUCUAUAUAUGGCUCUCAUGGUAUAUGGUUUUCCCAGCUUUUAAGACAUUAAU